AAAACCAUCAAAGUUUCUGCCCAACAAAUCACCUGAGUCUCAUCUCUCUCACCAAAUCCUUUCAAAGUGCCCUUAUAUAUACCAAGCACUCCCCCAAAGCUUCUCCAUUACUUUCCCUCUCUGCAACUCCUUCAACUUUGUGGUGUUAUCUUGUGCAAUUAUGGCAAAGAAUGUGGCUGGGUCUCCCCUUGAGAGAAAUGGGUUGGCCUCAUUUGACCAAAAGCUGGCCAUGGCCAAGCGCUGCUCUCAUGAGGGCGUAGUUGCAGGAGCCAAGGCUGCAGUUGUUGCCAGCAUUGCCACUGCCAUACCCACUAUGGCUAGCGCAAAAUGGCUGCCCUGGGCAAAGGCCAAUCUCAAUCACACUGCUCAAGCUCUCAUCAUCUCUACAGCGGCAGGAGCGGCCUAUUUCAUAGUUGCGGACAAGACAGUGUUGGCGUCGGCUCGCCGCAACUCCCUCAAGAAACCCUGCUUCUCCGACGUAUGAAUUUGAAUAUCUAGUAUUGAUGUAAACCCAGCUCUCUAUAAUCCAUGAGCAAACCUGUUAUGUAAAUUUACCAUCUUCUAAGUACUAAAUAAACGUGUGUUUCUGUUCUAAGCAGUCA